ACGAUAAUGUUAACGAUAAUGAUAACGAUGAUGAUGCGUUUCUCGCUCUCCUUCUAAAUCUUAAGCUGAAAACUAUUUGUCUCUGUUUCUUCCUCUUGCACUCUUUCUCCGCCCCAUUAUUUUUUUCUUCCAAUCAAAACCAGCCACUUAGCCUUUUCUAUAUUCAGACAAAUAACUUAGUAGUUAUAAGUCACUUCUUCUCUGCCAUAUAUCAUCAACUACCGUAACUAGUUGCUAAGAUCAGACCCUUUUUCAAGAGAAUUUCAGCAUCCCCUAUAUAUGUGCUGUAUGUUCAUAGUUAUAAUAAUCCCAUUCAAUACGCAUAGCUGAAAUAUUCACAACUACUACAACAAGAAAGUGAAAUUAGAAAUGGAAGAUAUUCCAAAGUUGGAUUCGAGUUCUUCUUCUUUUUCAUCAGUUUUGGAAUCAGAAGAGAAGAAGAUGGAGAGUGGAGCACAGAGAAUCUCUGUUUCUGAUCACAUAAACGCAUAUCAAUACACAGCUGAGAAAGUUGAUAGCUUUGUCAUUGAUAUGGAUUCCUUCUCUUCCCCCAUCAACAAAGAUUCCUCCAAUAUUAAUCCCAGAAUCACAUUGCAGAGGAGCCUUUCCAGGAAAGGUUCUCAGCGUGGUGGAGACAGGAAGGUGAAUGGAAAUGUCUCACUUCAUGAAAGAGACACUGUUCCAACUACAUCCUCACCAAAAGCUGCUAUGGCAGGGUGUAACACACUUGAAAAGUCAACGGCAGUGGGGUCCACACAUCAAUCCACAAACCCGAACCCUCCUCAGAGCCAUCAUCAGAUUACAAUCACUGCCAGUAAUAUGUGCAGCACACCCCCCAGUGAAAGCAAGUUGGCAACUCGGAGAAACAGUUUCAGAAGACAUUCUUCAUGGCUCCUUGACCCUAAAAGGGUUCUUCUCAUCUUUGCCACCUUAUCAAGCAUGGGAACAUUGUUGCUGAUAUUCUUCACUCUUGCUAUCAGCAAGCAAAACCCAGAUGAAUAUGUGGCUGAUUUGCAGCAGUAACUCAAUCUUUUUGCAGUUGAGACUUAGAAGUGAACUCAGACAAUGGGGCAGUCGACUCUGGCGUAAAUACAAGUUAGAGUCCCAGAAAUGCAGCAAAUACUAGGAAACAGGAAAAUCAACAAAGACAGUAAAAACCAAAGUUUCUCAAGUUGUAAAGAUUACUCUAUAUUUC